AUGGAAGGAGUUCCUAUGAUAGAAAUAAUAUGCAAUGAUAGGCUUGGCCACAGAGUUCGAGUAAAGUGCAGCCCAGAAGACACAAUUGCAGACUUAAAACUUCUUAUUUCUGCACACACUGGAAAUCGAGCUGAAAAGAUCAGGCUUCAGAGAGCAAACAUUGUUCUUAAAGACCAAAUUACUCUUGCAGAUUAUGAAAUUCAUGAUGGGAUGGGCUUAGAGAUGUAUUACAAUUAG